AUGAAUGAUGAAAAAACUUUUUAUCAGAGGGUAGAUCAGAUAAUUUCCUCUAAAUCUAUGUCAGCACAAGAUUUACAGGAUUUAUAUCAGUUCUUAACCGCUUGUUCUUCAAGUUCCCAAGAAAAUCAAUUUCUUGGUCAAACUUAUUCAACUAUUCACAAGGAAUUAACAAAAGAAAAAAUAAAAUCACUCUUUGAAGUCAUUAAAUCGACAUUCAAAACAGGAGAUCCAUGUUUUCACCUCGUUUUAAUCGUAGUAAUGCAUUUAAUUGCACAAGACUUACCAUUUUUCGUUAAAGAUAUUCUUACUCCAUUGUUUGACUCGAAACUCGACGAAGAAUUAUUGAUUUGUGCAUACAUUUCCAGGCAAAUUUUAGAUCCAUGUACUGGCUUUCUUAAAUUCGCAAGCCAUGAUGGAAAAGAAAAUCACGAUUAUUGGGGCAAUGGAAGCGAAGAUCUGAAAACCGAAUUUGGCGUUGCUAUAACGAAAUUACGCAGUCUUGUGUUUAAUAAGGGCGCUUCUCUCCUCAAAGCUACUACAUCGAAAGACCGUAAUGGAAAUAUUUUUUACAAUGUAUCAAUCCUUGCCAAUAUUCAGAACGUUAUUGUUCCACCAAAUUACCGCGUUGGCGAUUUUUUAUGCGGGUUCCCACGCAGGCCAGAGAUCGCUAUUAAUCUUUCUACGCUUCAGGAUCAAUCAAUCUUUACUCAACCCCAUAAAAUUGAACCAGAUAAAAUUUCUCCCGCCAUUCAAACAUGGGCCAAGAUGUUUGGAUUCAUGAAUUCUAUUGGUGCCAAGGAACUUAAAUUGCAAAUGGAUUUCGCAUCAAAUGUUGUUACAAAAGAUACUCCAUGUGUUCUGUUUCUGAAGCUCAUUCCGUUCCUCAACAUCAGUGAAUUUCCAGCAGAUAUUUUAAGAAAUGCAAUCGACCAAUUAAUUUACUCAAACGUUGAAUUCAGCUCGUUUAUUUUGAUAUUAAUUCAGUCGAUCUUACUUAUUUACCCAGAUACAACUAAUAUAAUAUUCGACAAAUUAUUCGAGUUCGUUGAUCAGAUCGGAACUCUUACUGUUUCUCAACUUUAUUUGUUAAUUUUCUCAAUUGGCCGGUUUAUGGAAAUUCUUUACUGCCACAAAGUCAGGAAACUUACGAACGAAGCUCUUACGAAGCUAGAUUCCCUUACUCUCCUUGCUUUUUGCGCUCCAUACAAUGGAAUCCGAGAUGGAGCCCUCAGAUUAGCAUUUGCCAUAUCUAGAUACGAAACAGGUAUCAGAGAGAACACAGUUUAUUCAGUAUUUAACUCCUCCUCGAAACAAAUUGAACAAGAAUUCGUAUCUUCAAUCAAAUGCUUCCCCCUUAUCUCCCUUCUUCAUCCCACAGAUAACAUCACUGCCCCUACAGUCAUAGAAGUCAUGAGAUGCUCGGAAGAACUCAUUUGGCAGAUAAUGUUGAGCGGAUUAGCCAAACAAAUCACAAAAAGCCUUGACCAGAACCUCAUUCGUCAAUUCAAGCAUGACGCAAUCAAGUUGCUUGAGACAAUGGACAGUUCCAGCUUCUCUAGAAGAUAUGCAAUAAAUAUUCUUAUGAAUUUGACGAUAAUUCCUGUAGAAUCGAAUGACAAAUCGACCAUUCGUAUUGUUCUCGAUAACGCCGCAGCUUGUUUAAGCGAACUUUACCCAGAUGUCAUAUUCUUAUUCACAACUUGUCCUGAAACAAUGUUCCUUCCAAUUAUUGAAACUCUACUUCACUCAGACGACAUAUUAAUCCAAGUUACAGCAACAGCAACCUGCGGAUUGACUUGGAAUUCCCAGUUUUCAAAGGCAUUGGAUAACCCUCAAUUUUUGUCACUUUUCCAAACCUUAUUUAGAAAACUGACAAAAGAUGUUAACAGCUUUUUGAUAGACGAAAGUAUCAAGACGAAAGAUGUUAAGAAGGAUGUCAGUACAAGUAUUAUUUAUAACCAUGUUGUUUUACGAGAUUUCGUUUUAACAACAUAUCAAUUAUUAGAUUUCUUGACGAAAAAAUUUUCAUCAAGACCUAAAACACCUUUCCCAUGUUUUGAUAUCAUCACUGAUGUUGAACAGAAAGAGUUAUUGAACAUGGAAUCCACGUUUGAUUCAUUGAUUAUCAUUGCGACAACAGAGUUCAAUGAUCCAGACAAUAAUCUCCAUUUUUACACAAUUAGAACGAUUUCUUUGUGGUUGUGUUGUUGCAGAUUGAGGAAGAGUGAUUUAAUGAAUACAAAUGAUUUCAUUGACCAGCUCGAGAAGUUCAAUGAUGUGAUGCUAUUGGCGAAUUCAUUGAUCCAUCAAUUCAACGAUUUCCUUCCAAUUUUCUUGAAGAGAUCAAUCCAAGAAAAUGGUUCUCUUUAUUUCGACGCUCUCUGCAUUUUCUUCAGAGCACCUCAUAAAUUUGCGACAGGACCAACAGCUGUAUUGGUUUCUCAAUGGGAAUCAAUAGAUCCUGAGCCGAAUGAAGAGAUGCAAAACGCAAUGCAGUAUUUGUACGAAGAAGGAGGAAACUUUUUAGCAAUGUGUUUCUUUUAUUUGGUUUCUAAUGACAAAAAACAAAGAGAUAACUCUUUCAUCAUGUUGUCAUCAAUUGUUCCUUUAUUAGUAGCUUACCAUGAUAGAUGCCAGGCUGAUAGAUUGGUUGAUCUCCUCGGAACACUUAGGAAUUUCUCAACUUUGACAAUGGCGACAGAAAAUGUCAAUAAUUUGUGUACAAAAUUGGUCGAAUAUUUGUCAUUUAUGACAGAAUCUGUCAUUGACAGAUAUAUUGACGCGAUGUUAUCUAAGCCGACAAUGGAGACUGACAGGUUAUUCCACCCUAUAUUGCCUUGGAUUAACUCGAUCUCCCUUGACUUAGAAAACAGAGUUGUUUCAAGAAACACAGACUUCAUUUUCCUGAGAUUUUCUUGUUUCUCUUUUGUCGAAAAAGUUCUCUCAAUUUUCGAACCGAUGUCAAGAAAAGUCGAGGACUCAUUGGGAAUUGUCAUAUGGCAAUCACUCGCAAAGAAGUCUUCUUACGAGUUUGUCAUCAACGCUUUGUUAAGUUUGGCUUUGAAUUCUGAAAAUUCACAAACACAACCAACUGUUGCUGCAAUAAUUCAAGCAUUUUACGUGGCAGAUCCAGAAAAAGUCGUUGACAUUCUCGUCAAACAUUUAUCGUUCAUGUAUUGGCUCCAUAACGAUAUUUUCGGAGGUUUAAUCGUAAAUAAGGUUAAAAGUGACAAUGACGAUAACUUGUCACAUGGUCGGUUGAUAUUUAGCAUCUUAUUAGAGAUAUCGAGGACAUCAGCUGCUGUUAUAUUGAAACAUCUCCCUGUUUUAUGCGGAUUUGUUUUAAUUCAUAAAUGUGACACAUUGAAAACGAUUGUCAGAAAAAUUUUCACAGAAGUACAGCAACAACUUGGCAGGAAAGCUCCACAAAGACUUGAGAUUAUUACACACGAGUUGGAUAAUAACAGAGUUCAGUUAGCAACGAGUUAUUACAACUUGAUGAAUGAUUUCGAUCCGAAUUUGGCGAAUGAAUUCACUUUGUGUCUUUUGAGAUGGGCUUUGUGUUGUGGAAACAUCAAGAAAUCAACACUCGCUGUACAGAGUUAUACUGGAUUACCUGUUAAUCCUCCUGAGCCAAACAUUGUUGGUUUGUUCUCAAGAGCUUUUUGGAUUGUUACUUCCGCUCUUUCUGAAAUAGAUGACUUCAAUUCCGCUGUUUUGGAAAUAAAUUACGUCGCAGAAAUCGCAGGAGCUUUCUUAACAAUGGCAAGGAUAUCUGAUGAAAAAGGAGUUUUGACACAUAACCCAGCUCUUUUCUGGGUUCCAGCUGAAUUGUUGAAACUCAAUUUCGCAUCACAAAGUCCAAUAUUUAAACAGAGUUUGAAAGCUCUUUGUUUCUAUUUUGAAAGGAAAUCGUUAUUCGAAGCAAUUUCCGGACAAAAUCCAGAAAGAAAUGACAGUAAUUGUUUCGUUCCAAGCGUGUUCAUGAGAUUCCUUGCUCCUUGGCAUGAAGAAAUCGAAGGAUUCAGUUCUUUGAUCAUGAAUUCGACUGUUGAUGAUUUAGAUACAUCUCUCGCAAUCCGCGCGCUUUGUUUGAUCGCGCAAUGUGGUUUUCCAGCUCUGUUCUCGAGAUCUGAGUCAUGGGCUGAAUGUUGCGCGUUGACAUUGUUGCCGUGGAUGUGGAUGGUUUCGACAAAUGAUUACGGAAGAGCAAUUUACGUUUCUGAUGAGAACUCAAUGUUUGUUUCAACUGCAAACAGUUUGGCUCAAUAUAUCAAAGACGAAGAAGUCUCAAACGCUUUGAAGAACAUGAGUACAUUUAACUACAUCACAUUGUAUAAUGAUGUUAAGUUAAUCACUGAAAAAUGCGGAAGAAAAAUGUCAAAAGAAGAAUUGAGAAGUUUCGGAAAUUGGUGCUGCAAUUUACUGAAAUUCGGUGAUGAAAUGAUGAAGAUUCCGCUUUAUACAAUUGUUUCUUGGUUAUCAGAAGAAGUCAAAGAUUUGCCUGAUUUGAUGCCAGAAUUCAUUUAUUCGGCAAUUAAUGAUCAAAGCCAUGAAUUCGCUCCUUUCGUAAGUUUGUUGAAAGCGAAAGUUCCAGCGAACAUCAAACUCGAACCGAAAGAAAAGAAGGAAUUCCCGCAGAUGCACAUUUUCGAGAGAAUCGUCGUCUGCGACAUUCCUUCUCUCUACGAUGUCAACACUUUGGGAGAAACAGAAGUUGUCUGCGAAGAUGUCAACUCAUUGGUUCCUAUUUCGCCAAUAACUCCUGCAAUCAAAGAUACUCCAACAGUUCAAAGAAUAAGAAGUGCUCUGCAAAGAGUCCACUUCCCUCCAUUCGAAAGCUGGGCACAGAUGAGUGCAAGAGGUGCUGCAACAAUGUUGGGAGUUACAGGAUUGAGCGAAGUAAGGAGAACUAAAUGGAAUGCAGCUGCUGUAAUUAACCAGGCUUUGGAGUUGUUGGCAAAUGAACCUCCAAAGAAUGAAGAGGAAGAAGAGGAAGAAGAACUUCCUGAUCCAAUGGGAUUGAUCCCUGUUGUUGCUUCUGCAUUCAUUCCAACAAUGGAUGAUGUUAAUGAAAUAGGUGCAAAUCUGUUCGAUGAAGAUGGAGAAGUUGGCGAAUACUAUGAAUAA